GAAUGUUUCCGUUGAAUUCAUUGGCUCCUUUCAAAUUCCAAACGGUUAAACGUCGGGUUGUGAGGGGUUUUCAAAAAGUCAUCAUUGUAGUGUCUUCAACUUGAAGCGAAGAACACUGACGAACCGCUCUGUAGUUUUCGACCGACUGCCUCUGUGUUUUAAGGUAAGUUGUAGGUAACGAACGUAAAUAUAAAUAACGACGAAAACCUCAUUCAUACAACUGGAUUCAAAUGAUCUGCCUUAUAACGUGUCGGGUCUUACCAAAGGUCUUUACUAACACACUCCUGGAGAUAACAAUGAGUAUGUUGUUGUACUUCCCUCUUCCUUGAAUAUUAUGAAGUAUAUCGCUGGUUUUGUUGAAAUUACACUUAUUUAUGUGCUGAAAUGGUCGCGACUUGCACAAAAAUACACCGUUUGUCUUACUGCUAUAAACCUAACUGCGCGUGCCCAGUCCUAUAACAUACACUAAACUAUACAAAAUGGACCUCUUAGUUUAAUUGCACGCAGAGUAAUUAACAAAUAACAUUUCAACAAAUUAACGUUUGGGUAUCGGCGGUAUUAAUCAGAACUAACUGACUCAUUAAAGUGUUGGCCACAUUAGUCACAAGACAACAGCCAGACAAAGAUGACAUUUAUACUUCUCUGUGUGCACUCAGAUCUUGCAUGGACGUGUAAAGAAAUACAGUGAUCAGCUGAUUCAAACGAACCGUAGUUGGCCAUAUGUUCAAAUACUUGACUGUAGCAAACACAUUUUAGUUUCCCUUUGACUUAUUUGUGGUGACACUGACAUCGAUCAUCGUCAAUAAAUCAAUUAAUUAGAGUCACUCUCCACCAUAGGAUAUAACUUUAUAGUACACACCUGAAUGCUUUUUUUGUACCACAUAAAAGGGAUUGUUACUAAGGGAUUGUUAAGUGUCAUUUUUCAGUUAACGUAUUUAAAUCAAGACGUUGGUGUCCUCUGGUGGACACAUUGGCCAUCGUGUAAAAGCCUUUGCAGCAAUGCCUUGUUUCUCAUUAGUCAACAGAAACAUUACACCAAUGCCAUAGCAACAUUUAUCUGAGAUUACAAUGAUUUCAAUUAAUUUAAUUUUAGUAUUCCCAAGUUUUCAUGGUUCCAUUUUUAAGCUAUAUUUGAUCAUUUUGGCCUUUUAUUAGAUGGCACAACGAAAGAGGAAUAUAGAAUGUGGGAAGAAGAGGGUCAGGGAAUAAUCAAAGACUCUUAAGGCAAAGAGCAAAGGUUUGAGGCCAGAAAUCAAUGACUGCUGCAAUGAGGACGAGAGCUUCUGUAUAUGGGGUGCCCGCUUAAACCACCAGGCAAACCAAGUCGCCAGGUUUCACAUAUUGAUAACAACUAACUCACACUUUAUACCCCACAAAAUAUGCAGAUACGGAUCAAUGGAAAAUGUGUGAUAUCUAGACACCUACAAACCAACAUUUAUUGCAAUGGUAAAUUUUCAGAUUUCACUUUUUCAUCUGGUUAUGAAGUUCCCUCUGGUCAGGUUAUUUUCACACUUAUCAAUGAACACCAAAACCCAGCGUGUCUUAUCAGCAGAGUGCAGCUUUCAGGAUGAUGCCUGCAGUCAGAACAUAUCUCACUUAGUUUGUUUCUCUGUGUUCCACAGGAUGAGUUCUGUUGACGUGAAUGAUGAAAAUCGUGUGGUCUGCCUCAGUGGAAAACAGAACACUUCGAUUAAUGACAUCUUUGCCCUGGAUCAGCCAACUGGGAGGCCUUCCAUCCUGCGUCAGACAGAGAACCUGCCCAGCAAGACCAUGUCAAAGGGAUCAAAGGUACAGAAGCAGCUGACUUUGCUUGAGCUUGUGUUUAUCAUUAAAUUUUGUCUAACAGAAUUCUGUAAUUCACUGUCUAACAUAUAAAAAUCAUUUGCUGGCAGCGCUGUGGCUCUUUAUCGGACUGAGGUGUUCUGAGACUACAAAUUUAUUUGGUCUGUGUGUGGGACUUUCCCUGUUCUACGGACCCAAUGAUAAAACAGUUAUGCAAUGUACAAUUUUUCUAGUUUUUAAAAUCUUUUGCCACCCUCCAAUGUUUUUUUUUGUUUGUUUGUUUGUUUUUACCUGACCCAGUGUCACCAAGCUAAUCCUCAGCCUUUCCUGAACUAUCACCGCUAACUUAAAGUAUUGACGAAGGAAUUCAAUGGUUUUAUUAUGCCUCCACAUCUUUUUUUAAAAUAUUUGACUAUUUCUAACUGUAGGAUGUUUGUGUCUUCAAAAAAAUUCAUCCCAUAGCUUUACACAGUCACAAAAAAUGUUUGUGGGUGUAAAUGAAGUCACUUGUAGGAUGGGGUUGUGCAUGUGUGUAACGCCAGUGAAGAAUACCAGCUUUUCAAUUUUUUUCUUAUUGCAAAAAAAAUUUGUGCUACGGCCUGCAUUUAAAUGUAUUAUUUUCUUGUGUUAAAUCUUGACUCUACUGCCUCCCUUACUGAUUGAACUGUGUGCAUGCAGGUUUGUUUUCAGACUCCAAGAAGAGACCCUGUGACAAAAAGAAUUAUAUCUCCCACAAAGUCUGUCAAGAUGUCAAGUGUGGAUGAGUGCACAAAAGCACUGGAGUCCUUAAAUUUGGACAUAAAAAGGUAAAAAACGUUUUUUCAUACUGUUCACUUCCUCUAGCUACAUUUCACUUCUGUCUUUUAAAGUCUUUUUUGUGUUUACAGCCCUUUGCCACAAGAUGCUGCUGUGCAGUCUGAUGAGCCCAAACAAGGUAAUUUAUCCAGUCUCUCAAACCAACAAGCCCACGAUUGACCCCAACAAUAGAAGAUUUGCUCAUAAUUUUCUUGAAUUUUCCACAGAAGUGUCCUCUUAUCCAGAUGAUGACAUGCCCAUACAGAGCAAAGGAGGCUAUCAACUGGAUUUUGACAACCUUGAUGCCUACAAUCCAUUUCAGGGAUCUAAUAAGAUGGGCUUCUCUCCUGCAAGACCUGCUGUCAAAAACCCAUCUACACCUCAAACUGAGCUUCAACAACCAAAACCAGAGAAUGUCUCAGAAGAGCCCACUAAAUUUGAAUCAGCGCUGGACGAAACACUUCCAUUCAGUCUAUCUGUUGAAAACUCUCUGGUUGACGUAUCAGCAAAUGUUAGCUCCACAGAGAGCAGUGUUGUCACUGUGGUGAGGGUCCCAGAUGUUGAGGAACAAGAUUCAUGCACUGCCACACCUGAUGAAAAAAAAUUAGCAGUUAUAUCUACAAGUUUUAACCAAGACAAAGGGUCAGGGAGUUUUACUGAAGAUGCUCCACUGCCAGCAAAAGGUUCUUACAACUUAGAUUUUGACAACCUGGAUUUGGUAAAUCCUUUCCAAACCGGUGGCUCUAAAAUACAGAAUUCACCUGUCGUUAUGAGAAAAACGCCAGAAAACGACCCACCGGUUGCAGAAAUUCCGUUAAAGGAAGAUAAACCCACAAAUGGUGACGUACCUGAGGUGGCUCAAGAGAUGUUAGUUCAGCCUGAGGUGAAGCCCAUAGCCGCAGUGGCCUCCAUUUCAGCAAAACCCCCAGCUGCCGAAUCAGAGUCCCACCCAGCUGCACCAGUAAAAGAAGGACCAGUCAAACUUGAGUUCAACUUUGAUGAUGGCAGAGAGGUCAAAAAGAAACCUCCACCCAAGAAAGUUGGAAAACGGCCACAAGGUGUAAAACCCGAAGAGGGAAAGAUGACAUCUGAUGUCAAACCACUGCAAGAAACUUCAGUGAAGUCAGAUGCCACUGAAGAUGCUGUUUUUCUGGUCCCCAAAGGGUCUUACUCGUUUGAUUUUGACAAGUUUGAUGACCCUAACUUCAAUCCUUUUGGGACAAAAGCAAGCAUGAAUAACUCCCCAGUCUGCAAUAAGAAAACCAUCCCUAUGCCCAGGGACACUUCUCCUCUAGAACCAGCAGAGAAGCCUGUAGUGAAGGAAGCUGCAUCACAAGAAUGGUAUAUUAACUUUUUAUGCAAAUCCAUCAAAACUUUGCAGCGGACACUUUAUAUGGCAAAAAAAAUACUUCAUUUCACAAGUUUUUUGUUUUUGCCCUCUUUAGUGCUGAAGAGAGCACCCAUAAUGCUGAACUCAAACCUGAAAUGGUAAAAGAAGUUGCAUAAUUUUAUGUAAUUCUACUUGAUUUUUCCAAUAAAUUACAUGUUAAUUUCAUCUUGCUGACACUAAUUGUUUUUGUGCAAUAUAGAAAGCUGAAUGCAAGGCUGCCCCUGACCCCAAUCAGACAUUUUCACCUGAGGCUGAGCAACCUGUGGAGACUUCUAAGCAGCAAUCACAGAGCACCAUGUCAGAAUGCAGUGACGAGUUUGUUCCUGGAACUGUUUGUAAGAAAACCGUGGCUGUCACCUUGUAUUUCUGGUUCAACUAAAAAUUGUAUAUGAGGUAAAGAUUUAACAAAAUGCUGAUGUUGGCAUUAACCUGUCUUUUUUUUUAUUUCCAGUCAUGGCCAAUGAUUUUGAUGGUCAAAUUGAUUACCUUGAACAGUUUGGGUCCAGUGGCGUAAGUAACUUCAUGUGUUUUAAAUAACUACAUCCAAUGUAUGACCUACAUGUGUUUAAAUAUAAUUUCUCUUUGCAUGCAGUUCAAGGAGUCUGCAUUGAGGAAACAAUCACUGUACCUUAAAUUCGACCCCCUCCUGAGAGAGAGCCCAAAGAAGUCUGCAGGUCCAGCUGCUCAGAUCAACGUCUCUCGACCUGUGGCCUUUGUUACACGGUAUGUCACACUUGUGUUUUUACUUAGUCUGAUUGCUGCUGUCAGUGGACGUUAUAGCUGAGUUUAUUUUGCUUUUGACGGACAACCAAAUGCCUGUACAAGCAGACAAAAUCUGACAGAAAUGUAACCACUUUGACCUCUUCCUAAGAUCUUUUUUUCCUUUUAAUUUAGGCUUGAAACUCCACAGUUGGCAGAAAAGACUGUGAGUGUGACUCAAAAGGGUGAUCUCAAACUGCUGGAUGAUGCUUCAGGACCAGUAACUCCUGUAUGCCUGCUCACUUACGAUUGACUUCAAGAAGUCAGAAGUUGCUGUAUAAAUGAAAAUAUAUUUGUUCCAUACCUGCUCUAUCCUAACUUAAUUUACUUACUUUGUGACUCUUUGCAAGGCUGCUCCAAUCCUAGAGGGUCUUGUACCCAUUUUCUCCCAAUCGGUGGACACAGAGGAUGCCAUUAUUGAUGUGCUGAAGUACAGUCAGAAAGACCUGGACGCUGCCAUUGCCAGAGUCCAGGCAGAGGUAUGUCCCGCUUAUUGUUUUAUGAUUUGAAAAAUAGGUUUUCAGUCACUUUGGUGGAGUGGAUGUGAGUUGAGUGGUUUCGGUAUAGACUAAAAGAGCUUCACUAAAUGCUUGUUGUUGGAAAAACUCCCUAGAGCAGUUCAGAGAAAACAGCAGUACAAUCACAAUCAAAAAAAGCCUCUUAUAUUUAAAUCAAGAAAACAAGGUCCUGUUCCAUUAUAAGGUGAAAUCAAUCAAAUUCAGUUUCUAUCAUUUCUCCAAUAGGCAAAGGAAACAGAGGAGCAGUGGAGUGCGAAGUGCAAAAAGCUUCAGGAUGAUGGUCAGGAGAUGAGGUGAGCGCUACUUUGGAGAAAAAGUCAUUUACCUGUUGUAUAAAAAUGAUCAGGUUUUAAAUUCAUCCUACAACUUUUUUUUUUUUUUCAGGAAAAUCAUCGCAGAGUUUGAACUCGUCAUUGAAAAAAUGAUGGGUAAGUUAAUAUGAAGUACACUCCAAAGAUGAAAAGCAUUUCCAUUGAAGAUUUUGUUGUAACUUUUUUUUCUAUUAUUCAGCCGAUCAGGAAAAAGAGAGGGAGGCAUCUCAAGCAAAGCUUAAUGAGGCUCUGCUGGAGAAGGAGCAAGUGUCCAGUGACCUGAACACGAUGGAGAGAUCUUUCUCUGACCUUUUCAAGAGACUGGAGAAGUACAAGGAUGUGGUUGAGGGGUAUAAAAAGGUUCGAACCAAAACAAGCAUGACACAGAUUGGGGUUUUAUCAAAAGCUACAGUAAUUUGAACAAUGUUUUGUCUCCUUGUCUCCUUUCCCAGAACGAAGAGACGCUGAAAGCCUGUGCUCAGGACUAUCUUGCGAGGACCAAAAAAGAGGAGCAGCGUUACCAGACGCUGAAAGCUCACGCUGAGGAGAAAAUUUCACAGUGAGACACCUGACUCUUUUGUGUUUCUAGAGGAUAACGCCAGACUUUGUGGGGGCCUGACCAGCAUUUCUUGUUAAUUUCAGUGCAAACAGGGAAAUUGCUGAAGUGAGGUCCAAAAACAAAGCUGAAGUAUCCGCACUGCAAGCUCAGAUGCGCCGGGAGCAGCUAAAGACACAGUCGCUGGAAAAGAGCUUGGACCAGAAGGUAGGAGCUCAUAUAAAUAGAUUCAUGUAUUGAUUAGUUGUGCAUUAUUUUUAUAUUUGUGUUACUUCUCUUUUUCUCUUUUAACAGGAGAAAGAAGUAGAGGAGCUCACCAAACUUUGUGAUGAACUAAUUGGCAAAGUCCAGAGGGGUUGAACUUUGUAAAUACUGUAAAAUAUCGUCCUAUUGGAAGUCUGCUUCAUUUUCUCUUUGCAGUUCUUUGUUUGUCGUUUUUCAUGUUCUUAAAAACGGAGUAAAUAAAGGUAAUUAAGAAGGAGA